ACUGUUGUCAAUUAAGGCGCCAUUUACGAUAAAGGAGGAAAUUCAAAAACGAAGCCAGCAUCUUGAGUUGUUUUCAUUUUAAUUACUUCUAGAGCAACAUUAUGUAUAUUAAAUCAAUUGUCAUUGAUGGUUUUAAGUCAUAUGCUCAACGAACAGAGAUCAAUGGAUUCGAUCAUCUAUUCAAUGCCAUUACUGGUUUAAAUGGAAGUGGUAAAUCGAAUAUUUUAGAUUCGAUAUGUUUCCUUCUGGGUAUAUCCAACUUGUCACAGGUUCGUGCUACCAACCUUCAGGACCUUGUAUACAAGAGUGGCCAAGCUGGAGUUACAAAAGCUACCGUCAGUAUUGUGUUUGACAAUUUAGACAAGAAGCAUGGUCCUUUAGGCUAUGAACAAUAUGAUGAAAUUACUGUUACUAGACAGGUUGUUAUUGGUGGCCGUAAUAAAUACAUGAUCAAUGGAAUGUCAGCUCAACAUAAACGUGUCCAAGAUUUAUUCCAGUCUGUCCAACUCAAUGUCAACAAUCCUCAUUUUCUUAUCAUGCAGGGUCGUAUUACCAAAGUUCUGAACAUGAAACCACCAGAGAUUUUGUCAAUGAUUGAAGAAGCUGCAGGAACACGUUUGUAUGAAACCAAGAAGGAAUCGGCCCAGCGGACAAUUGAGAAAAAAGAUGCCAAACUGGCUGAGAUUGAAACUGUUCUACGAGAAGACAUUAACCCAACUCUAACAAAGCUGAGGGAAGAACGGUCUUCAUACUUGGAAUUUCAGAAGAUCACCAGAGAACUGGAACAUUUAACUAAACUCUACAUUGCUUAUCAGUUUAUGUGUGCUGAGGAUCGAAAGAAGAAGUCUGCUGAUGAAGUGGUAGAAAUAACUGAAACCAUUGGAAAGUUAGAGGAAAAGUCAAAAGAGGUAGAAGAAUCUAUACAAGUUGUGAACAAACAGAUUCAAGAAUUAGAAGCUAAAAAAGAAAAGGAAAGUGGAGAGGCUUUAUCGAAAGUUCAGAAAGACCUGUCUGAUGCCAAUGUGGUUCAUGCCAAAAUACUUAGUGCUUGUGAUAGUAAGAAAGAAAGUAUGAAAGCUGAAGAGAAAAAGAAGAAAUCUUUGGUCAAACAAAAGGAUGAUAACACCAAAACAAUUGCUACCCGAGAGAAAGAUCUGGAGAAGAUUCUGUCUGCCACUGAGAAACUUCAAAAGCAGAGUAUUCAGGAUGCUGAAGAUUUUGCUGCUGCUCAAAAACACUUCCAUGCUGUCACUGCUGGUCUUUCUAGUAACGAUGAUGGAGAAGCUGCCACUCUCAAUGACCAGCUCUUAACUGCAAAGAAUGAAAUCAGUAAUACUGAAACAGAAAUAAAACAGGCUGAAAUGAGAUUGAAACACAGUCAGGACGUGUUGAAAAAGAAAUCACCAGAACUGAAAAAGACAGAGCAGAGUUACAAGAAAGACCAAAUUGAAUACAAUAAAAUGCAGGACAGUCUUAAUAAACUUCAGAUGGAAUUAAAGAAGCUGAACUAUGAUGAAGAAAAAGUGAAGACUAUCUCUGCUGAGAGAAAGCGCUUGUUUCAAGAAGUCCAGAAACUUCAGGAAAAGACAGAAACACUUGAAGCCAAAUUUCCUCAGCUGAACUUUGAGUAUAAAGAUCCUGAGAGAAAUUUUAAUCGAAGUACUGUCCAUGGUCUUCUGUGUAAACUUGUCAGGGUGAACUCUCCAGAGACUGGUACAGCUCUGGAAGUAGUUGCAGGAAGUAAGCUGUAUAAUAUUGUUGUGGACAAUGAAAUUGUGGGCAAAAAAUUGGUUCAGAAUGGUCAGCUGAAGCGGCGUUAUACAAUAAUUCCACUGGACAAGAUUGUAAGAUCUAAAAUUCAUCCUGAUGCUGUUAAGAAAGCUGAAAAGUUGGUUGGAAAAGAGAAUGUUCACACAGCUCUCUCAUUGAUUGGUUAUGAGAAAGAAUUGUCUGCUGCCAUGGAAUAUGUGUUUGGCACCAGCUUUGUCUGUAAAGAUAUGGGAGUUGCUAAAACAGUCACUUUUCAUGAGGCCAUCAUGAAGAGAAGUGUAACACUAGAUGGGGAGUCAUUUAACCCUGCAGGAACCCUUACAGGGGGUUCUCGGCCACAAAAUAGUUCAAUCUUGGUGAAAUUACAAGAACUAACCGAAGUUGAGAAGGAAUUAGUUGAGAAGAAAAACCUUCUCAAUAAAAUAGAAGCUGAACUGAAUGCAUUGCAGAAGAUGUCAGGGACAUAUAAUAAACUGAAGAAUGAAUUUGAGUUGAAACAACAUGAAACUGAAUUAUUGAAAACUAGACUUGAACAGACAUCACAUCAUCAGCAGCUGGAGGAAAUCAAUGCCUUGGAAAAGACUAUUGAGGAACAGAAAGCCAUUGUCCAAACUGCUGGAGAAGUAAACAAGAAAGCCAAACAAAAAGUGAAAGAUCUUGAAUUUAAAAUCAAGAAUGCUGAUAAAAUCCGAGAAAAUGAAUUAAAGCAAGCUGAAGCUAACCUUAACAAAAUACAGAAACAAAUGCAAGAGUCCAAUAAAUUGAUGAAGGAAAAGCAACAGCAUAUUGACACUGUGAAACUUGAGAUUGUGGAGCUGCAGAAGGAAGUGACUUCAUAUGAAGAACAACUUAAAAGUGUUGCCACAGUUCUGGACACUUACAGUUCUGAGCUGAAAGAAAUUGAAGAGAAAUUAACUGUGUGCCAGGCCACUGUAAAAGAGGCACAGGACAAUGUGAACAAACAGAAGGAGCUAUUGAAUGAUUGUAACACAGAGAUCCGGAAUGCUACCAAAAGUCUAAAAGCUUUUCAGGAGAAAGCCAAAAAAAUUGACUUGGAGAAUCAGGAAUUGGAACAUAAGCGUAGCAAGUUGCAAAAGGAAUCUAAAGACACAACAUCACAGGUUGAAAACUGGCUGAAAAAAUAUGAGUGGAUUGUUGAUGAGAAAAAGUUCUUUGGCAAACCAAACACAGCCUAUGAUUUCACUGUUAAUGAUCCUGUGGCUGCUGAACAACGCAUUCAUAAGUUACAGGAAAUUAAGGAUAAGUUGGGUCACAACAUCAACAUGAGGGCCAUGAAUAUGUUGGAAAAGGCAGAGGAAGAGUGUAACGAUCUGAUGGCGAAAAGGAAAAUAGUUUUGAAUGACAAGAUGAAAAUUGCCCAAGUCAUUGCUGAGUUGGAUGAAAUGAAGAAGGCAGCCCUGAAGAAAGCCUGGGAGCAGGUCAAUAAGGAUUUUGGUUCCAUUUUCUCCUCACUGCUUCCUGGUACUGAUGCUAAACUAAGUCCUCCAGAGGGAAUGACUGUCCUUGAUGGAUUGGAGGUGAAAGUGGCAUUUGGAGAUGUCUGGAAAGAAUCGCUUGGUGAACUGAGUGGAGGGCAGAGGUCCCUGGUUGCUCUUUCUCUGAUAUUGGCCAUGCUGUUAUUUAAACCAGCUCCUAUUUAUAUUCUUGAUGAAGUUGAUGCUGCACUUGACUUGUCUCACACCCAAAACAUUGGACAUAUGAUUAAAAACCACUUCAAACAUUCACAGUUCAUUGUGGUUUCUCUGAAAGACGGAAUGUUUAACAAUGCCAAUGUCCUGUUUAAGACGAAAUUUGUUGACGGCGUGUCAACAGUGACCAGACACACUCAGAGUCAAAAGUCCUCACACACCAGUAAAGACCACUCAUCAUCAUCAUCAUCAUCAUCAUCGUCAAGAAAGAAACAAUCUGCCUGAAACAUUUUAACUGCUUCUCGUUUCUCUCUCCUUUUAAGUCAACUCACACAGAGACUCUUCUCACUUCCAUCGUCUUUGUUACAUUCUGACAUUAAUUACAAAAACACAACCCAAACAUACAAACUUCUCUCACACACACAUAUACCAGGCCUAAUUAUAGCUUGGAGAAGAACAUGUUUUUAAAAAAAUAACAGGGAGGUCACAAAUGGCAAAGUAUCAAUUUGGUGAAAGCACUUAAUGAAGUAGUGGCUAUCAUGCCCAUUUAAAAUGUAACUUGUCAUAUUCCAUUUUGCCUUAGAACACAGAAACUGUCAUGAAAUACAAGUUACAAUUUCAGUGGUCAGUGAUGGUCAGAAUUUAUAAUAACCAUGUAUUUUAUCAUAUCGUAUUUUAUAUUUAUCCUCAUUUAUGAGAGGUUUUCGGUUUAAAAAAAAAAGUUAAAUGAAUCAGCGAUUAAUGAAUAAUAGAACAUGAGGAAAAUAGGUUUUGUUCUGGGAUCCCUAGUUAUCCCAAACAUUGUGUAUGGUUGCUGGGGCUUGCUUUUGUGAUCCAAGCAGAAUCUUUGACCACUGAUCCAUGUUAUUAUAGAUCAAUUCAUGGUAUGUGGAACAUGGUUCACAAUUGUGUCGUUAUCCCAGGUCAGUAAUAAAUGAGGAUAGAUGUAAUAUACUAAAUUUUUAUUACAUUAUAACUGAUUAUCUGCAUUUAAUUUUAUUUUAUUAUUUGGUUCUGUUCUGUAAUGUUGCAUCACUGUGCAGGUGCAUGCGUGAGUCUUUGUGUCGACUGAAUGUCAUUUUAUUGUUUGUUAAUGUAAAUAUCUUUUCUCUCUCUCUCUCUUUUAUACCUCUACUUCAUAAAAAGCUGGACAAUAAAUCAAGGUGA